GUCGAAAUUUAUACAACACCCGAAGCCAGCAUUCAGCAUGGUCUAUGUGUGGUCGCAAUUGGAAAAGGUAAACAUUGGCAGUUAUGAAAACUACUCCGCGCAGAGUGAAAUUGUGUAGAUGCUGAAAAUGCUGCAUUAAAACGAAUCGAAAAAAUUUAUCAAAAAAAUCGCCCACUUGAGAUAGCCCAAGUAAUUCAUUAAGUGAAUGAGUGCACAACAAAUGUGAUUCUAAUAAAAUCAAUAAUUAGUGGGCCAACUCGCAGAGCUUGUGUUGUUUUAGAUAUAUACCCACAUAGCCCACUAUUGGCGGUGGUAUAAUAAUAAAUAGGGUAUGUUUGUAUUCGGUCUUCGGUGUCUCUAAAUCAUUCGAAUAUUCGUUAUUUAUAGCAGCAUAUGGAUAACAAAAAUAUCGAUUAACCCAUACAAAUCGCGGAACGUAUCGGUCGUUGCAAAUUCCAUUAUUUUAUUUAAACUACCAACACACCUAUGUAAUUAAAAAUACAAAACAAAAAUAGCAAAAAAACGAAAAUAGUGAAUUGUUUUUUAAACGAAUGAUUUUCUCUUUCGCUGCAUGGUCUCUCCGCUGUGUGUGCGUGCGUGUGUGCAAAGCAAGUGCGAGUGCCGUUGAACAAAUUGAAUGAGCUGUGUGGUUUUUAGGGGAUGAUGAAGAUGAUGAGGAGGAAUAUAUGUGUAGUUAAUGUGGCAAGUUGUACAUAAGUUAAGUGUGGAAAACGCAAGAAUUUGUAGGUCAAUUUUUUAGUGAAUUCAACAAAAUAUUAGCUAAUUUUGCAUUUUAAAUUAACAAAAAGAAAACAAAUAAAUAAAAAUAUGUAAAUAGAGAAAAAUUGCAAUAGAGUGCCCUCUGUAUGUGAACAAAAAAGAAGUGACAGCAAAAAUUCAAGUUGUCGAAUAAAUUACACAUAAUAAUUGCAAGGGGAAAGAAAAAGGGUAGUAAACAAAUAGGUGGUGGUAUGUCAAUGAACCGAACCUGUGAAGAAAAAACGACAUCCUAGAUGCAAAUUAAAAAGAAAGAAAAAGUGAAAGGCACAGCAGGCAUAGUGAGAAGGAAAAGGUGGAGAUCUGUGGCUGAUUUGGAUUGAUCUUUUUCCAGGAAAAAGGAAGUAAACUUACAUGCCCCUAGUUCCAUUUAAAAGAGAAGAGAAAACCUUAAAAGCUUGCCUCUACCUGCUGCGAACGACAUUGAUGGCUUAAAAAACAACUAUUAACGACAACAAAAAAGGGGCAAAAAAUAAUUAAAGUGUAAAUGAACAAUUAAUGAGAACAUUUCCCCAAGUGGUUAGCUAAAACCAAACAAGAAACACGAGAAAAGAAAAAUCAAAGCUGUUUCUUCAUAAUAAAGACUGAAUUCUGGUUGGUAUUCCUGAUACGGACGGACGGACGUACGUACGUACGUCAUUGCAUCAUCCCUGAAGGCAAAACUAAAUGUUUGCUUUGGCCUGCUGAUACGUUCGUUGUCCAUUGUCGCAAAUGUUGAGGCACUCCCAUUUCUAAUUCAGGAGUUUGGUGGAGAUAUUUGUGGAAUAACUGGCGACAAAAAGGCUAACCUGGAUCUCUGAAAGCCAUUCAUCACACAACUCUACACCCUCCUGAGCAGUAGCAAUAUUUUCAAUUAUCGUACAAAGAUAUAAAAGACAGUCUCACUUGGAUCUCUAGCAAAACCAAACAAGAAGAAAAAAAAGACAACAGCUACUACACGCCAAAUAUUAGUCCAUAGUUUCACCUUUUGGGAUAUCGACCGAAUCCAACCGAUUCAAUUGUAUUUGUAUAACCAGGCAGGAGACGUAGAAAACAUGAUCUGAAUAUUUGGUGUGUGUGGCACAAACAUUUCAAAUGACGUCAGAGGAUCUCUUACAAGCCGGACAUGUGGUCAAAGAACGAUGGAAGGUAGUACGAAAAAUUGGUGGUGGUGGUUUUGGAGAAAUCUACGAGGGCCAAGAUUUGAUAACACGCGAACAGGUAGCCUUAAAAGUUGAAUCGGCACGCCAGCCCAAGCAAGUACUCAAAAUGGAGGUGGCCGUACUGAAGAAGCUGCAGGGCAAGGAGCAUGUUUGUCGUUUCAUCGGUUGUGGCCGCAAUGAUCGCUUCAAUUAUGUCGUUAUGCAAUUGCAGGGCAAGAAUCUGGCCGAACUUAGGCGCUCCCAGCCCAAGGGUGCUUUUUCUGUGAGCACAACACUGCGUCUGGGACUUCAAAUACUUAGAGCAAUAGAGUCUAUACAUUCUGUGGGAUUUCUACAUCGUGAUAUUAAACCUAGCAACUUUUCAAUGGGACGCCUGCCUUUGAACUGCCGGCGUGUUUACAUGCUGGACUUUGGUUUGGCCCGCCAAUAUACCACAGGCACGGGAGAGGUGCGUUGUCCACGGGCAGCAGCCGGUUUUCGUGGCACCGUACGCUAUGCCUCGAUAAAUGCCCAUCGCAAUCGUGAGAUGGGCCGCCACGAUGAUCUGUGGUCUCUAUUCUAUAUGCUGGUAGAAUUUGUGAAUGGUCAGUUGCCUUGGCGCAAAAUCAAGGACAAGGAACAGGUUGGCUUGACCAAGGAGAAAUAUGACCACCGAAUUUUACUAAAACACUUGCCUUCUGAUUUCAAACAAUUCCUGGAACACAUACAAUCUCUAACGUACGCUGAUCGGCCCGAUUAUGCAAUGUUAACUAGUCUCUUCGAACGUUGUAUGAAACGGCGAGGAGUUAAAGAAUCUGAUCCUUAUGAUUGGGAGAAAGUAGACGCUGUUAGUGGGACAACGGUUCCUACAACCAUUACCUGUAGCCAAGCAAAUCAAACUAAUCCGGCUCAAAUGAAGAACGACUACAUAGCAGGCAAUAUAACGCAAAUGACGGUGGCCGCCUCCAAUAUAAGCGGCACCGAGCACCUGCCGCGUCAGAACGAUGUCGAUACAGCACCCAUAGCCACCACAGAGCCCCUACAUAUCAAAGACAAAGUGAGCCGAAAGCCGUUGUCUUUGUACAUGUGUGCCAUAUAUCCAAAUUAGAAAACAACAACAACAGCAACAAUGUUACAAACAAAAAAUAGAUCAAUGAUGAACAUUUUAUGUUGGACGAAUUUCCUGGUUAUGUGCUAUGCUGUUUGAUGAUAAAUCUACACAAUUUUAAUUCUCUUCUCCAACUCCCCCCGCCCCCAAUUCGUUGCGUUUCAGACACUCUUCCCCCCCAGAAGGAAACUAAACAGAAAAUAAAUUUUCCACAUUAACUUUACGAACGAUGUUAUUUUGUUAAAUGAUGAUUGAUUGGUUGAUUGAUUGAAUAAUUGAUUAAUUAAGUGAUUGAUUGGUUGAUAUAUAUGUUACAUUUGGGCAAGUGUUAAUUUUAUCUUGAUGAACCUGGAUUUAUUUUUUAAAAUGUAAAUUAAGCGACAACAAAUUCUUCUACUGCUGUGCAAUAAAUUUUCACCCAAAAUUCCUUGCUUGCUUACCAGUUGAAAUAUUGAGAGAUUGGCGCCAUAUAUUUCAACAGAAUGAUCCUUUCUUUCCUUUCACGGAGACCAGAUUCAGAUUCAGGAUUGCAAUCUAAUUGGUCGUUGGUUGGUCGUCAACAACUAUAAACAACAACAACAACAACAACUGCAGCCACCGAGCUAUAUGGCAGAGGCACAGAAAAUCCCACACGUUUCCUGCAUCCCUCCCAUUCGCAUGCAAACCAGGCCAGAAUUCAAUUCAUUCCGGAAAAAUAAGACAAUCUGUUGCAAGACAGUUCUUCAUAAAAGACCGAGGCAAACUCAGGACAAACUACCCUUUUUAAGUUUAUGUCAAUAACCAUCAACUUUAAAUGUUGUCUAAUCACACUCUCUCACACACACGCAGCAGAUCAAAGUUGAUAACUUCUAUAUACAUACAUAUAUACAUCAUACUAUAUGUAUAUCAGUACGAUUUUAAUGGCUGGGUGGAGAAUACCAACAAACCAUCACACUAAAAAUAUGUGUCUGGCAAAAUGUCUUCAAUUCUAAUUGCUAUCGCUACAAAUGUUUGUGGGUCUGGCACGACCAUACAUCCUCCUCCAAUACUUCUCACACAAACCAUGGUUACUCCGUGAUCAAAUCUCUGAGUCAUUCCUAAUGCGACAUUAUUGCCCCACCUGGACAAGGUGGACGUUAACACUGAUUUCAUACACUAUGGUUAAUGCUAAGCUACCCCCUCUCACUAGGAAUGGAUGAUGGGAUCUUACUGUCAUCGCUCAUCAAACGGUGGUGGUGGAGACGUCAAUGUCAAUGUCAAUUGCCAAUCAGUUGUUAUGGAGUACGCAUCACUGUUUCAGUGAUGCGGCGAAUAUGCCGGCCCAAAAUGGAUAAAUGUGUAUAUACUGUGUACCUAGGCUAUCCAUUUUCCUGGCUCUGAGGUCAAGUCGGAGAAGUCACCAUCUAGUCGAGUACCGCUGUGCGGGAACAGUAGCAAUCAACUGUGGUUUUAAAUUUUAUUGUAGAUUUUUCAAUGUAGGGUGAAUGUUUUGUAAUUUUAGCAUAGGUUUAGGUACAUUGUAUUUAGUUUCCAUUAUUGUUCUUAAUAGUUUAAUACGUUUUUAGUUAUGUUUUUUGCUCUCCUUUAAUUCAGAGACUAAGCGUGCGUUUUUUCAUCUAUUUAUUUAUUUAUUUAUUUCAUGCUUGCUUUUUCGCAAAAACAAAAACAAAAAGAAAACUUACAACAUCAUGUCAUAAUUUCAUACAAAUCAUGAACUGUAUUUGUAUUCAAUAAAAGAAUCAAAAGAAUCGAAGAAAUAAGAA